UACCUUCCUACGCUCUGCUGCAGUGAACUCUCUUGCUCUGCCUUCAUCUUUGACUUGGUGGGACGAAGCGGAAGAGAAACCCUCCUCCUCCUCUGGGCUUGUGUUGUGCUCUCUCCUGCCUGGCUCUCUACUGCGGACGGGCAUCGAUUCAGGACUUUGAAGUCGGGUCUGUUUGCUGUGUUUACAUCCCAACCCCAGAGUUUGACCCCCUCCCAGGACUCCUGGAGCUUCAGAGGGACCGGGAUGGAGUCUCAGGGCAGAGACGAACUGAGGGGGCCGGUGCUUCACAUCGUGGUUGUUGGAUUUCACCAUAAAAAGGGCUGUCAGGUGGAGUUCUCCUACCCUCCGUUGAUGCCUGAUGAGGGUCACGACAGCAACCUGAUGCCGGAGGAGUGGAAGUACCUCCCCUUUCUCGCUCUCCCCGACGGAGCACACAACUACCAGGAAGACACUGUGUAUUUCCACCUGCCGCCCCUCAGUGGAGACAUGAAGUGUGUCUAUGGAGUGUCCUGUUAUCGCCAAAUAGAAGCAAAGGCCCUGAAGGUCCGCCAGGCUGACGUCACCAGAGAGACGGUUCAGAAGAGCGUGUGCGUCCUCAGCCGAGUGCCUCUCUACGGUCUGCUCCAAGCGAAGCUGCAGCUCAUCACACACGCCUACUUCGAGGAGAAAGACUUCUCACAGAUCUCCAUUUUAAAGGAGCUGUACGAACACAUGAACGGCUCCCUGAGGGGCUCCACUCUGGAGGGGUCACAGAUGUACCUCGGGUUAUCACCAAGAGAUUUAAUUCUUCACUUCAGACACAAGGUCCUCAUCCUCUUCAAGCUCAUCCUGCUGGAGAAGAAGGUCCUGUUUUAUGUGUCCCCGGUCAACAGACUAGUAGGAGCUCUGAUGACGGUUUUAUCGCUGUUUCCAGGUAUGAUCGAGCACGGCCUGGUGGACUCGUCUCACUACAGGCCGAAGAGCAGCGUCUCAGAGGACCUGAGUUUGGUGGAGAGCGUCUCCGGAGCCGAAGAGUUCGUCUCUGUGUCCGUCACUGACAUCACGCUGGAGGGGGAGGGGUCAGGCCAGCCCGCCGUAGAGUCCCUGUCCUCUGGGAACAGCACCGAGGGCGACAACCACCUCCUGAAACCUCCGUCUCGCACCUCCCCGGAGUCCUCUGAGAGCGACUGGGAGACCCUGGACCCGAGCGUGUUAGAGGAGGGGGCUCCCAAAGAGGCGGAGGAAGGGAAGGAGGCGGGGUCGGAGCUCAAAGACGCCUUCGACUCAAAGCCGGGGACGCCCAUCACUGUGCAGCCACAGUCAGCCAGUGGGCAGGGAGGGGUCGUCCAGGGUCUGGUGUCUGGUCUGGAGGAGGACCAGUACGGUCUGCCUCUCCCCAUCUUCACUAAGGGUUACCUGUGUCUGCCCUACAUGGCCCUGCAGCAGCACCACCUCCUGUCCGACGUCACGGUGCGCGGCUUCGUAGCCGGGGCGACGAACAUCCUCUUCCGGCAGCAGAGGCACCUCAGCGACGCUAUAGUUGAUGUUGAAGAAGGAGGUAUUCAGAUCCAGGACCCGGAGCUCAGAAAGAUCCUGAGUCUGACGACGGCAGACCUGCGUUUUGCGGACUACCUUGUCAAACACGUGACGGAGAACAGAGAUGACGUCUUCCUGGACGGGACGGGCUGGGAGGGCGGAGACGAGUGGAUCAGAGCUCAGUUCACCCUCUACAUCCACUCCUUACUGUCCUCUGCUAUACAGCAAGAUAACGAGAGACUGCUGGCGGAUUACGGAGCGCCUUUUGUGUCGGCGUGGAAGAUCACACACAACUUCAGAGUGUGGUUCAGCAACAAACACCCGGCCAUGAGCGCCAUCACACCGGGACAUCCGUUCCAGGGUCAGUACAGUGUCGCUGAUGUGAAGCUACGACUCUCACACUCAGUGCAGAACAGUGAGAGAGGGAAGAAGCUCGGGAACGCCAUGAUGACCACCAGUCGCAGCGUGGUGCAGACGGGGAAAGUAGUAGGUCAGUCAGUGGGCGGAGCGUUGACCAGCGCUAAGUCGGCCAUGUCCUCCUGGUUCUCCACUCUGUCCCAGCCCGCAGCUGUGACCCCUCCAGAGCCCGCCGUGGAGGCCAAACCCUGAAAAACCAAAACCCUCCCGGCCCUCUUCUCCUCUCUCUCUCUGACUCUUCCCUCGUCCUCUGAUCCUCCGGCUGCGGCGAGGCCCGAGGCUCAGCGGAGUGAGCGCUGCUUUUUAUGAAGGAUGUGAGCAGAUAAAAAGAUCAUCUUCAGAAUCAAAGAGUCUGAUCAAUUUAACCCUGGGACGCCACUCAGGACAGAACUCGGCAGCGCCCGUCUGCUGACUGUACGGUCCACAUCCACUGUGAGGCAGAGACUGCCGACGAUGCUGAUCUAAACCCAGAGAUCUCUCCAGGGCCGCCUGUUUGUCUCUGCUGCAGGUUUGACUGCUGGACGCUUUCCUGUGAGACACUACAAGAUGCUGUUGUUGGGUUUGCGGUGUUCACUCUUUGCUGCAUAUUUCUAAAAGCUUGUCUAUAAAAGUAACUAUUUUACUGAGCUAUAAUGUAAAGAAUGAAUAAAUACGUCUGUGUCACAGGAUUUGAUGAAGAA